UUCACUUACUAACCUUACAAUAAAUUUCUUCCCUUCCCCUCCGGCGGGACGACAUCGACUCAACGUCGUCUACGGCGUGCAGCAGCGUUCCAGAUACUCGGCUUAUUGGGGCCGCCGAAACGGCUAGCGUGUCGCGUGGUCUCCUAAACGCGUCUGCCCUUUCUCAAUUCCAACAUGCUGAGCUAAACACGUGAAGACGUGCCGCCAACGGACCUCGCACGAUGGCGAUAACUACGACUGACAAAUGAUGCCUUCCAAGGAUGACUCGAUAGUCUGAGCAGCACUAAUGGCUGCCACGCACAGCCUGAGCCACCUCAAGGCAUUCCAACUCAAAUAUCUGGCCUUUCUGACUGGCUCGGCGAGCACAGGGACCAAAGCCGCUCUACAACAUGCCCUCAGUCGGAGCCUCGAAGUUGGCGUCUCGAGGGCAAGCCGAAAAGUAGUCAGCGUAGACAUGGGCAUUCGGAAUUUGGCAUAUUGCGUGGUUGAUGCCAAGCAACCCCCGGAGACCGGGGAUCCAUCACGAUUACUUACUGUCUCGACAUGGACACGCAGAGAUCUGCUGAGUCCUGCAGCGCCGGAGAUCAGUCCGCUGCAAGAACCCAAUGAUCAGAUGAAUCAGAAACAAGGCAGAACUGGCAGGCAAAAGAUCGAUACUGAAGCCUUCACUCCGCCACAACUGGCGAAGACAGCUCACAGUCUGGUCAAGACCCUGCUGUCCCACAAGCCAAACAACAUUCUGAUUGAACGUCAGCGUUUUCGCUCAGGUGGUGCGGCUGCUAUACAAGAAUGGACUGUGCGCGUGAACAUGCUCGAAAGCAUGCUUUGGGCGUCGUUGGAGACUCUGAAGGCUUCCGAUCUGUCUCUGGUCGGUUUCCCAGAAACACUUGCUAUUGCACCAAAACGAGUUGCUGAGUUUUGGCUCUCCGGCCAGCGUCCGGUGUUGACAUCUUCAAAUUCGAUUUUCGGAUCUAACGCUUCGCUGCCUACCACGGAGCGGCUUGCUCGCACGAAAAUUGAGAAGAAGGAAAAAGUAGCUCUGGCGCAGAAAUGGGUGAUGGGUGCUCUCAGUGAGAGUGGCGUGACUCUUUGCUUUGAAGGGCAAGCUGCCGAAGUAGCAGAAGCCUUCAGCGAGCAGAACAAGCGAGGCGCGAAGAAGAUUGCUGGUGGAAAGCUCGACGAUCUGGCAGAUUGCCUCCUGCAGGCACUGGCAUACCUGCAAUGGGAAGAGAAUAAGACCCUGCUUCGCGAGAUGUUGAAGCUUAAAGACCCGUCGUGAAGACUUGAAAAGGACAGCGACAGAAACGAUAUCAAGCCACAUUGGAUUCUCUGCGGAGUGUUCGCGUUCGGCAACUGCACGUCAGCCUAAGUGUGAGUGUCAUCGCAUCAUUUACAAGGCGCUCCACAUGAGCCUCGCCAGAAUUCCAGAGUGAUGCGUUCUGUUAAGGCGUCAAUGAGUCUAGUCAUCAGACGACUGAAAUGUGAAACUUAGCGCCAGAUCCAGCUCGUGUCUCGCCUUUUCGGCAUCAAUCUCAAGGCUGGUAGGCCUCACUCAGCAAGAAAUGCCUGUCAACAUCGU